GUGAUCCUGGCGUAAACACCGCCCCGAUCCGUCGGCCCGCCGCCGCCCGUCCGCGGAGAGAUCGGCGUCUCGUUCAACGAGCGGCGAAUAUCUGCCAGCCCUUUGCCCCAACAUGGAGGUCGUCGUCGAGGGAGAAGUCAUCGCCCCGGAGGACCUCAAUGCGGACUGGAUCCCAGUCCAUACGGCCAGAAAGAAGGCUCGACAGCCGAAAGUACCCUCACCGAAGCCAUCGAACCCAGCCGAGCGUCUGGCUUCCCGCAGCUCGCCAAGGCCUGGCUCCAAGCCGCGCCCGCCGCAGCUCCCAAGACUACCUGACGACGACUACAAGAUCGUCAUUCGUCCACGUGGUGGCCUCAACCUAAGCUCCAUGAGCACAGGCAAGCUGCAAGACCUUAUCUUCAACGCUGCCCAGACCAACUACGACGCCGCACGCGCCGACCAAAUCCGAAUCAACGCUACUCAAAACUCUAUACUAAUCAGCACCCCCUCCGUAGAGCGGGCGCGCACGUACUUCAACCUUCACACCUUACGCAUCGGAGAGGAGAACUAUCCCCUGGCCACAUACGUAGCAGAUCCUGCCAACACCUCACGCGGAAUCAUCUUUGAUGUUCCAGAAUACGAUACACCGGACAACAUCAGCCGAUACCUAAUCGACUACAAUCACGACCCGGCUAUUCUCCUUGCCCGCCGGAUGGGAAAAACUAACUCCGUGCUAAUAGUCUUCGACAGCCCGGAGGUGCCCCAUUGGGUCAGCUACCACGGGGCCCCCUACCGCUGCGUACUAUUCAAACACAAGACGGAGGCCUGCAAUAUCUGCUGGAAGAUCGGGCAUAGGGCAGAUGUGUGCCCCUCACCGAGAGCCAAUAAGUGCCCACGCUGCGGAAUCGACAAUCCGCCCACUGACCACGACUGUGAAGUGAAAUGCGCCGUAUGCCGAGGACCCCACCCCACGGGUUCCCCGAGGUGCAAGAAACGCUUUCAAGAACACCCUGCCAUUCGCCGCCGUCAGGCACAACGCCCGGUCGGCGAUUUCGGCAAAAGUUCAACCCCACCGCCCCCCCGUGGCAGGUCCAGGGAACGCAAAUCAGUACCCUCCGAGCCCGGAUUUCGAUCCCGGUCCCGUACUCACUCCAGACCCCGACCACGAUCCAGAUCCAGGUCCAAACCGCGCCAGGUCCCGCAAGACGAGCCGCCCCGACAACCAGCGGCCACCAAACAGGUGAGCUGGGCUAAUGUGGCCUCCGGUUCCACGGGUGGUGAUGCCAGGGACAACGAGCUCGCGGCUCUACGGCGAGAGGUCCAAACCCUCACGAAAUUAAUCACUGCCGUUCAGAAGGAAAAUACUGAAUUACGAACCCUAAUUAAACAGAAAGAGGUUACCCCUCCAGCACCCACUCCUGUCCCUCUCCCACAACCCGUUGCAGUCGCCAUACCCUCGCCUGAUAGCGCCGCCCAGCCUACCAAGCGUAGAGCAAUCGAUACUAAUGACGUCCAAAUCGUAGACGAAUUACGCCGACUCUCAGAGUCAAUGACCGAAAUGUCUCGCACUUUCAGUGCCAGACUGCAAACCUUAGAGCAAAACGUUCACAGCCGUUUUACGGCAAUCGAAGGCAUUGUUUCAAAGCGCUCCUCCGAAUUGGCCCAACUCACCGGUCAAAUGGACCAACUCACCAACCUCUCAUCCCAGGCAGGGUCCUCCAAUCCUCUACCACCCCCACUAUCCACACCCUACCUCCAACAGUGCAUCCCUGAGUAUGGCUUUACCUCUCCCCCACCCGCCACGCCUCAGUAGACACCAAACCACUAUCUGGCAAUGGAACUGCCGCAGCUUCCGACGGAAACGUGGCAAUCUCCAACAUUACAUACAAUCCCUCGAAACACCCCCCGAUAUCAUAGCGAUUCAGGAAACCCGCGGCCUGGUCAAACUUGCCGGCUAUAGAACUUUCCAAAAUCCUGAUAAUAAGGAACCCAAUACCGCCAUCCUCACACGUAGACACCUAACCGCUUCAUACAAAAGCCUUGGCGGAGUUGACGUCGAGCACGACUUCCUGGAGAUCCUUC